AUGCCCCGCUUCCAGACCACGUACUCACCUCCGUGCGAUUGGUGGAAGUUAUCACGGAAACUCGCAGAGAGGGCCGAUCCCGGACGAGUUAAAGCAGUACCCCCGCUUUGGGUCGUCGUAACUGGGUUUGCUGGGGACGGCCCCCCUCUCCCGCAGGUCGAAGACGAUGAUCACGCAAAGAAAAUCCUGGUAUUGCCGGUUUCCCUCGGCUAUCCGGACUUGGUUUCAGAUAUUUUCACCGCAGUGUUCUACUUCAGGGGAGAUCAUCCUGUUUGGGGUGGGCUUGGGCUCGCCUUCGCCCUUGGGCCAGCGCUGAUCACAUCCAUUUUCUUUCUUUCUGGAUUUCAGUGGUACCGCCGUGUCCUCGUGGCGACACAUUUGAGCUUGAUAUAUGAGGCGUGGACUACUGUUGGCGAUGAACAAUACUCACCAGUUUUGGCGCUUGUGCGCGUUGUCGAGCCACUGUUUGAGUCGGUGCCGCAGUUGUUGCUCCAGUUGUAUGCAAUGCUCAUUCUGUGGACAGAGACAAUGUUGUCUCAUGGUCGCUUGGUUUGGCGUUUGUUGCUCCAGUUGUACGCAAUGCUCAUUCUGUGGACAGAGACAAUAUUGUCUCAUGGUCGCUUGGUUUGGCGUGUAGGCUCCGUUUGCAUCUCGGUGGCGAGCCUGGCCUACGCGGCCACAGACGUUUCUAGCGUAGAAUUCUUAGCGACACAGACGGGAGAAGUUUCUUACUUCGUCUCCCUGGCCAUGUUUUUUACUGUGAUCCGGAAGUGGUCGUCAUUGGUCUUGCUCUAUCUCUGGAUGAGCCGGGGCGUUAUAGUAUNAAUAUGGGCAUCCAAAACAUCCCUCGACUUUCGAUUUCGGGUGAGGCUGGUCGCGAUGCCUUUCACGGACUCUAUCGUGGACGGCGCGGUCGUGUUCAGGGGAGCGCUGGUGUGGACCCUCUUGGAGUUCAUGUUGUGCUUGGCCCUUUAUCACGCGUACGCUCAAGACGAUCUUUCCGCCUCUGCGCGGCGCGCGUUAACGAUAGUUGUCUGCAGUUGCAUGGUGGGGCUUCAAACGAUUUCAGCNAUGCACCCGCCACCAGUGAGCGCGGAGGCUGCUGCGAAGGCCUGUGAUGCGGUCCGCCGCGGUAGCAUGUCACGCAACGCUGCUGCUGCUGCCUACGGGGUCAGCAAGAUGUCGCUCUCGCGGCGACUGAGCGGUGAGUGUGCCAUGGACGCACGGGUGGGUCCCGGGACUGUCAUGACCGCAGCAGAGGAGGACGCGCUUGAAGAUGUUCUGCUGUACGCUGGUCGGAACUAUAUUCCGCUCACCCCCGCAGACCUCACGGAGCGUGUGAGACAGCUCUGCAACGACGGUCGACCGAUCCCGUGGACCCCUGACAAGGGCCCGGGGAGGAGCUGGCUUGAGGGCUUCCUCGGAAGGCACGAGCGCAUCAGCCUUCGACUCGCCCGCAUCUACGAGUCCAACAGGGUGACCUGCGUGGGAGAUGAACGUCUGCACAAGUUCUUCGACUUCUGGGGCCAGUUCCUCGACGAGCACCAGCCGGCGGCCGACCAUGUCUGGAACACGGACGAGUCAGGUGAGCAACACAGGGUUGUGGUGUGGUGUCGGCAGUAGCUGCUGUGUGACGGAUUGUGAGCUUGUUUCUACAUUUGAGCUG